CACGACUUAUCACAACACAUGCCUCCUCCUUGUCCUCUUAAUCUUGACCAGAUGCUAACCUAUUUACCUGAUUGCUCCGUUCUUCCCCUUCCUUGUAAGAACCUGACAUAUACCUCAGAUUUUUCAUCAUUCUUAUGCGGUGAAGUAGAUAUUGAAGUGCACGUAUCUGGUGAUUGUGAUAAGUGUUACAACCGGAAGGGAGGCCAAUGUCAAGUUGACGGCAACAAUACCUUCCACUGCCACAUAGGCCACAUAGAGGACAGGCAGCCGAAUUUGUGGUUUGGACUUGGGAUUGGAGGUUUAUUGAUCGGACUGAUAUGCUGUCUAAUCAUAAUUUGGCGGCAACGUAAGCAACAUAACAAACAUAAACAUGCGUCUUCAAAUGUCCAAUUGCAAUCAGCAAACAGUGAUAGAAUUGUUCGUAAUACUGAUCUAGAAAGUGGCAUGGCUUACUUUGGGAUACCCAUCUUCUCUUACGAGGAGCUUGAAAAUGCAACAAAUAAUUUUGAUCAUUCAAGAGAACUUGGAAGUGGAGGCUUUGGCAAUGUUUAUCAUGGAAAACUUCGAGAUGGACGAGAAGUUGCAGUGAAGCGACUAUAUGAUCAUAAUUACAGACGAAUAGAGCAGUUUAUGAAUGAAGUAAAUAUCCUGACUCGCUUGCGCCAUCGAAACCUUGUGUCUCUCUAUGGCUGCACUUCCCGCCAUUGCCGAGAACUUCUGCUUGUGUAUGAAUAUAUUCCAAAUGGAACCCUUUCCUAUCAUCUUCAUGGUGAGCUAGCCAAUUGUAGUUUACUUCCAUGGCCGAUAAGAAUCAAGAUAGCCAUAGAAACUGCAUCUGCAUUAGCCUAUCUUCAUGCUUCUGACACCAUUCAUCGAGACGUCAAAACCAACAACAUCCUCCUAAAAAAUGAUUUCUGUGUUAAGGUUGCUGAUUUUGGGCUUUCAAGGUUGUUUCCCAAUGAUGUCACCCAUGUUUCUACUGCCCCACAAGGGACAGCUGGCUAUGUUGACCCAGAAUAUUACUACUGUUAUCAACUUACCAACAAAAGUGAUGUGUACAGCUUUGGGGUUGUGCUUAUUGAACUGAUAUCAUCUCUGCCUGCAGUGGAUAUCACAAGGGGUAAAGAUGAGAUAAACUUGGCAGAUCUAGCUAUGAAUAAGAUACAGAACAGUGCACUUAGGGAGCUAGUUGAUCCUUGUCUUGGUUUUGAGUUAGAUAGUGAGGUUAGGAGGAUGAUAGUCUCAGUUGCAGAGUUGGCUUUUCAGUGUUUGCAAAGGGACAAGGAAUUGAGACCUUCCAUGGACGAGGUUUUGCGGAUACUAAGGAGAAUAGAGAGUGGAAAGGAGGAAGAAAAUCAUGUAGAAGAAGUGGAAAUCCAUGGCGGCGUCAAUGGCAUUUCAUGCAGUGGCCUAGUACUUUCACCAUCACCACUUUCGCCAGAUUCCGAUGAAUCUAUAUUGUUAAAAUCUACAAAGUCACUGCCUCCGGCAACCAAAGCUCGCACCAUAAAUGUUAUUAGUACCUAG